GCGCGGCCGGAAGCGGAAGUGAGUGCGCUGGUAAUCAUGGUGCCGCUGGGGUGGGGAAGGAGGUGCCGCCGCUGCCGGGAGCUCGAUGAGUCGUUACGGUCUAAGCUCACGAUAUCGUACUGAGAGGCGGUGAGCCAUGGGGGAGAACAGUCCCGAAGGCAACGUUAUCUACUAUGAAGUGGAGGAAGACGAUUUAACCCAAGAUGACAGUAUGAUGAGGUUUGCUGAUAAAAACGGGCUGGUUUCUUCGUCACCUGGGACGGUCUAUGACAGGACAACUGUUCUAAUAGAGCAGGACCACAGCGUGUUGGAAGAUGACGAGGAUGAAGGACAGUGUGGUGAUCACUUGCCUUUUUUACCAGAGGGUCAUGAAGAAGGAUUUCAUUUAAUAGCAGAUCAUGAAGGAAUGUCCCAGGGUUAUGUGCAACAUAUUAUUUCUCCAGAUCAGAUUCAUCUAACGAUAAAUCCUGGUUCAACUCCUAUGCCAAGAAAUAUCGAAGGAGCAACGCUCACUUUGCAGUCUGAAUGCCCAGAAACUAAGCUUAAAGAAGUUAAGAGAUACCAGUGCACCUUUGAGGGCUGUCCGCGCACCUAUAGCACUGCCGGAAACCUGCGCACUCACCAAAAGACACAUCGUGGAGAAUAUACUUUUGUCUGCAAUCAAGAAGGCUGUGGCAAGGCCUUUCUUACCUCCUACAGCCUCAAAAUCCAUGUUCGAGUGCACACUAAGGAAAAGCCGUUUGAAUGUGAUGUGCAGGGCUGUGAAAAGGCAUUCAAUACACUGUACAGGUUGAAAGCACAUCAGAGGCUUCACACAGGGAAAACAUUUAACUGUGAAUCAGAAGGCUGCAGUAAAUACUUCACAACGCACAGUGACCUGAGGAAGCACAUUCGAACACACACAGGAGAAAAGCCAUUUCGGUGUGAGCAUGACGGCUGUGGAAAGGCUUUUGCUGCAAGCCACCACCUUAAAACACAUGUUAGGACACAUACUGGGGAGAAGCCCUUCUUCUGUCCCAGUAAUGGCUGUGAGAAGACUUUUAGUACACAGUAUAGCCUGAAGAGUCACAUGAAAGGUCAUGAGAAAGGACAUGCCUAUAAUGCACUUCCCAAUAACAAUGUAUCUGAGGAUACAAGCCACUCACUUUGUCUGAGUGACUUAAGCCUCAUAUCAACAGAUUCAGAAUUGCGGGAGAACUCUAAUCCAACACACGGACAAGACCUUAGCACAAUCUCACCAGCAAGCAUCUUUGAGUCUAUGUUUCAGAGCCCGGAUCACACUGCAAAUCAGGAUGACUCUCAGCAGACAGCUGCCUUGAUUGAAGGUUUUAAUGGCGAUGCAGACUCAGUCACUGCUGUUCCGCCUUCUGCAGGAGACUCGGCAUCGUUGUCUCUUCCACUUGUACUGCAGCUUGGCAUCUCUGAGCCUUCGCAUUCAGCACUACAAGCCUCAGCAGCACCUGCUGCUCCCUCCUCCAUAGGAACCAGCUCACAGCAAGCUGCAUUUGGAAAUCCUGCAACUGUUUUACAAUCCCCAGAAGUGCCUGUUCCUCACAGCACACAGUUUGCAGCCAGUCACCAAGACUUCCUGCAGCAUACUCAGACACCGCCACAGCCCAUUGUACAAGGACUUUCAGUGGUUGCUGGGGCAUCUGCCCCAACAGCAUCAAGUGCCACUGAGCCCCUGCCAGCUGUAGUUCAGACUGUGCCUGUUGGUGCGAACUCGGUUCUGACCAGUAAUCCAACUAUAACAAUUACUCCUUCUCAGAGCACCGCUAUUCUGCAGUCCAGCAUUGUCAUGGGAGAGCAAAACUUACAGUGGAUCUUAAAUGGUGCCACUGGUUCUCCACAAAGCCAAGAACAAAUGCCACAAGUUCCAAAAGUAGUAGAAAAGGUUUUUUUUACCACUGCAUUACCAGUAGCUGGCAACACAGUUCUGUUUUGUUUUGUCUUUGUUUCACCUUCAGGAAACCCUGUUCAGCAGAUUGGUCUCAGUGUUCCUGUCAUUAUUAUAAAGCAGGAGGAGGCCUGCCAGUGUCAGUGUGCCUGCCGAGACUCUGCCAAGGACAAAGCCACCAUUAAGAAGGAAUGUUCCUCACCUGAUCCAAAAGCUUUGGAGCAGCCAGCUCCCCAGCUGCAGCCUCAGACCUUUCCUUCCUCUUCCCCUUCUCCUUCAUGUGGGCAGAGCAGUCAGAUAGUUAACCCUUCAGACUCACAGACUGAAACAUUAAGUGCCAUGGAUGUAUCGGACUUCCUGUCCCUCCAAAGCCCUGAAACCCCAUCUAAUAUAAUUCCAAUCGAAGCACUACUGCAGGGUGAGGAAGAAAUUGGUUUGAAUAGCAGCUUCUCUAAGUGAAGAUGUUCCAGAUUUUCCUUUGCACCUGGAGGGUAAAACCCUUCUCCUUAGAAGCAGAAACUGAAGGAUCAAUUCUUUUUCCUUCCUUCUUGGAAGUUUUGUGGCUUAUUUCUGCUUCACAGAUGUCAUCUUAGUCACGUCCCAGGUACAUCCAUCUUUGAGAAUCUAUCUAAAAAAAGAAAAGGUAAAAAAAAAAAAAA